GAGGGGCGGGGCCGUGACGCGGGGCGGCCGGGCUAGAGGCUCGGCGGCGCGGGGCGGGGGCGCAGUCCCGGGUCCGACCCGCCGAGCCCCGCGCGCCCCGCCCGCGCCCUGCGCCUCCGCCCGAUCGGCCGGCGGGGGAGGGGGCAUGAGCCGGCGCCCCCGCGCCGCCCCGAGUUGCGGGCCGGCCUAGACUCCCGCGCGGGCCCCGCGCCGCCGCCGCCGCCGCCGCCGCCCAGCAGCUAUGCAGCGGCCGGGGGAGCCGGGCGCCGCGCGCUUCGGGCCGCCGGAGGGCUGCGUGGACCACCGCCCGCACCGCUACCGCAGCUUCAUGAUCGAGGAGAUCCUCACCGAGCCGCCGGGACCCAAGGGCGCCGCGCCCGCCGCCGCCGCCGCCGCCGCCGCGGGCGAGCUGCUCAAGUUCGGUGUGCAGGCGCUGCUGGCGGCGCGGCCCUUCCACAGCCACCUGGCGGUGUUGAAGGCAGAGCAGGCGGCGGUGUUUAAAUUCCCGCUGGCUCCCCUAGGCUGCUCCGGGCUGGGAUCUGCGCUUCUGGCCACGGGGCCAGGGCUGCCUGGGGCCCCGGGUGCACCUCACCUGCCUCUGGAGCUGCAGCUCCGAGGGAAGUUGGAGGCGCCAGGCACCGGGGAGCCAGGCGCCAAAGCCAAGAAGGGGCGUAGGAGCCGCACUGUGUUCACUGAGCUGCAGCUAAUGGGCCUAGAGAAACGCUUCGAGAAGCAGAAGUACCUCUCCACCCCGGACAGAAUAGAUCUCGCUGAGUCCCUGGGCCUGAGCCAGUUGCAGGUGAAGACCUGGUACCAAAAUCGCAGGAUGAAGUGGAAAAAAAUAGUGCUGCAGGGUGGAGGCCUGGAGUCGCCCACCAAGCCCAAAGGACGGCCCAAAAAGAACUCCAUUCCCACGAGCGAGCAGCUCUCAGAGCAAGAGCGCACCAGGGAGGCAGAGAAGUCAGCAGAGGCACCGGUGGAGGCGGGAGACAGGAGCCUCGAGGACUGAGAGCCCGGGGCCCAAGCAGCCCCACCACCUUUAGGACACCGCCUGUGGGCUCUGCUCUGUCUGCUUCCCAAGCAUUUCCUUGAAUUGGGGACUGCCAAACUAAGAGGGCACAGAGACCCUGAAGUGAAUCCCCAGCGAGCACCCAGGUUGGCCUGGGAGAUUCGCACCCACCCGCGCCAGGAGGUUGCUUCUGCCCCGGCCCAGGGGUGGCACACUCACACCCCCUCCUCUCCCUCACCCCACCGCCCUGGAUCCAACCUCUGGGCCCCAAGGCCACCUGGCACACUUCUGCUUCUGAGCAGCUGAGACCCUCGGCCAAGCGCAGACCAUCCGUCUCGGGCAGCCUGGUCAGGUCUCUGACCUCGCCAGGGCCUUACCCCUCUCUUGCAAAGGUGGUAUUUUUUUCCAAUAAAAUAUUUUAUGA